AUGAAACAAUUGCCAUCAAAUCCAAAACCAACGGUCAUGAUAAAUCAAAUAUGUACAUACGAGUUUUCGAUCUAUUCAAAAUUCAAAUUCAUACCGGUAUUCCAAUCUGCUCUCACACAAAUACAUAAACCAAGGAAUUCGUCCAAAACAUAG